UAGGUUUUUUUGUCGCAGCGGCUGGAGAGAGAAGACGGCGCUUUGGCUUCAUUUUUCGGCAAAGGGCCUUUUGCUUUGGCAGAGCAGAUGCGGCACUCCAAAAGAACUCACUGCCCUCAUUGGGAUGGUAGAGAAAGCUGGGGCCAUGAAAGCUACAGUGGCAGCCACAAACGGAAGAGGAGAUCCCACAGUAGUACACAAGAGAACAGACAUUGUAAACCACAUCACCAGUUUAAAGAAUCUGAUUGAUGUUCCAUUGGGACUGUUUACCAGAUUGCUUUCUAAAUUAGCCAGCUGGGGUUACUUUAAAAAACAUCAUUAUUUAGAAGCAAGGUCCUUGAAUGAGAGAGAUUAUCGGGACAGGAGAUACAUUGAUGAAUACAGAAAUGACUACUGCGAAAGAUACGUUCCUAGUCAUUAUCACAGAGAUGUUGAAAGCAGUUACCGAAUCCACUGCAGUAAAUCUUCAGUCCGGAGCAGGAGAAGCAGUCCUAAAAGGAAGCAUAAUAGACACUGUCCAAGUCAUCAGUCACGUUCGAAGAGCCACCGAAGGAAAAGAUCCAGGAGUAUAGAGGAUGAUGAGGAGGGUCACCUGAUCUGUCAAAGUGGAGACGUUCUAAGAGCAAGAUAUGAAAUCGUGGACACUUUGGGUGAAGGGGCCUUUGGCAAAGUUGUAGAAUGCAUUGAUCAUGGCAUGGAUGGCAUACAUGUAGCAGUGAAAAUUGUAAAAAAUGUAGGUCGGUACCGUGAAGCAGCUCGUUCAGAAAUCCAAGUAUUAGAGCAUUUAAAUACUACUGACCCCAAUAGUGUCUUCCGAUGUGUCCAGAUGCUAGAAUGGUUUGAUCACCAUGGUCAUGUUUGUAUUGUAUUUGAAUUGCUGGGACUUAGUACCUAUGAUUUCAUUAAAGAAAAUAGCUUUCUGCCAUUUCAAAUUGACCACAUCAGGCAGAUGGCAUAUCAGAUCUGCCAGUCAAUAAAUUUUUUACAUCAUAAUAAGUUAACCCAUACAGAUCUGAAGCCUGAAAAUAUUUUAUUUGUGAAGUCUGACUAUGUAGUAAAAUAUAAUUCUAAAAUGAAACGUGAUGAACGCACACUGAAAAACACAGAUAUAAAAGUUGUUGACUUUGGAAGUGCAACAUAUGAUGAUGAACAUCACAGUACUUUGGUAUCUACACGGCAUUACAGAGCUCCAGAGGUCAUUUUGGCUUUAGGUUGGUCUCAGCCUUGUGAUGUUUGGAGCAUAGGUUGCAUUCUUAUUGAAUAUUACCUUGGUUUCACGGUCUUUCAGACUCAUGAUAGUAAAGAGCACCUGGCAAUGAUGGAACGAAUAUUAGGACCCAUACCAACACACAUGAUUCAGAAAACAAGAAAACGCAAGUAUUUUCAUCAUAACCAGCUAGAUUGGGAUGAACAUAGUUCUGCUGGUAGAUAUGUUAGGAGACGCUGCAAACCAUUAAAGGAAUUUAUGCUUUGUCAUGAUGAAGAACACGAGAAACUGUUUGACCUGGUUCGAAGAAUGUUAGAAUAUGAUCCAGUGAAAAGAAUUACCUUAGAUGAAGCAUUGCAGCAUCCUUUUUUUGACUUAUUAAAAAAGAAAUGAAAUGGAAAUCUGUGGUCUUACUGUAUGCUUCUCUAGAAAUUACUUAAGACUGUCAGUCAACUCUAAACAUUCUAAUAUUUUUGUAAACAUUAAAUUAUUUUGUACAGUUAAGUGUAAAUACUGUAUGUUUUGUAUCAAUAGCAUAAUUAUCUUGUUAAGAAAGUAUGGUCUUGAUAAUGAAUGAAAUAUAAAAGUUAAUUUUCCUUUUUGAGAUCAACAUUUUUAAAGACCUUUGGAAUAUCUUUUGUGUCCAGUGAUAAAUGUGAUUGAUCUUGUCUUUUGUACAUGGAGGUUGACUCUUAAGUGAUUUUUUUUUUUUUUUUUUUUUGAGUAAAAGGAAAUCUUGACUACUUUAUUCUUAAUGAAUAUUCUUUAUUUACCUCAAAUUCGGAACUUAUCUUUAAAACUUUUUCCUGUAAUUGUUGAACAAGUAAUAAAGUACUAAUUAUUCUAUGUAGGCAGGUAUUAGGAAUCAGAACCCAUAGGAAGUGUUUAUUCUUGGCAUUUUAUUGAAUUGUAAGUUAUGUGUUCUGUCUCCUCGGGAGAUGUCAGUAGUACUAAGCAUUCAUAGAAAGGUAUAUCUGGUUUGUCCAUCAUGACAAGUUUUUAAUAAAACCACAUAAACACUUCCUUUAUGAUUAAAGUCUAACUAGCAAGUCAGCUUGAAAAGUCCUGUUUUCCAGUAGCUAUUUAGUGAGCUACAAACAUAGAAACAGGAAUUCUGAUGACUGAGGUUCUAGUUUUUAAUACCAGAUCUUGAGGAGUCUUGAAAAUGUCUCACUGUUUCCUUAUCAAAUGAAGUAAAUACUUAAACCUCAACCUAUGAGAAUUAAGGUUAUUAGGCAAUUUCUGCUUGUGUUAAUCUUUACUGGAGAAGAGGAAUGAUUUGAUUGGAAAACAUUUGGGAAAGAAACCUGCAGAAAUUUCCAGACCCUGAUUAGUUGUUUAAUAUGGUGAACUUCUUAUUUGACUUUAGGUAUUUUUUCUUACUGUUACAUUUUCACAUUAAAACUACAUGGUAAAUGUAACUUAUUUUAGUAAAACAAAAACAAAUGAUACUAUUCAGGCUGCCAGGUAGAAAUAUUUUUCGUUGUAGAAUUUGUCAUUGAUUUUUGAGAUACAGGUUGUUUUUUGUUAAAAGUAUCCCCAUUUCAUAAGUGUGUUACACAGAUAUUUGGGUUUCAUCUGUUUGUAAAUUUUAAACAUAAAAUGCAUGGAAUUUUCUUGUAUGACAAAUACUGAAACCAGGCUGGGUUCCCUACGUUCUUCACAGGUGGCAUUUGCCAAUAUAGUGAGGUGGUGUUCCUGAAGCUGAGUAGGAGUUUAAGAAAGCUGAAAUAAAUUUUAUCACAGAA